CUCAGGGUGCAUCCUGUGAUACGUAAAGUAUAGGUUAAUGAAGUUUAAAAAGCCAUGUGAAAACAAAACCCUGGAGUGGAAGGAGCAUGGCCCCAGGGUCGGGGUUCCAGUGGCCCUCCCACAGUUAGACCCAGCACGCCUGUGCAUUCUGGGUGGAUCUUGCAGAAUUCCCUGGGAACCGCCACCUGCAUGUGGGGAUUAUAUUCAUCUUUUAGACCCUCUGAUGCCUGGGCACUAAAGUAGCUGCUGUGGUUGUUUUCCAGGAAAAACAUGCAGAGGAACAAACAGGUAGCCAUGGGCAGGAAAAAAUUUAACAUGGACCCUAAAAAGGGGAUCCAGUUCUUAAUAGAGAAUGACCUGCUGAAGAACACCUGUGAGGACAUCGCCCAGUUCUUGUACAAAGGUGAAGGGCUGAACAAAACUGCCAUCGGGGACUACCUGGGGGAGAGAGACGAGUUUAAUAUCCAGGUUCUCCAUGCGUUUGUGGGUUUGCACGAGUUCACUGACCUGAACCUUGUCCAGGCUCUACGGCAGUUCCUAUGGAGCUUCCGGCUGCCGGGGGAGGCACAGAAGAUCGACCGGAUGAUGGAGGCAUUCGCCCAGCGGUACUGCCAGUGCAACCCUGGGGUUUUCCAGUCCACAGACACAUGUUACGUCCUCUCGUUUGCCAUCAUCAUGCUGAACACCAGCCUACACAACCCCAACGUCAAAGACAAGCCCACCGUGGAGAGGUUCAUCGCCAUGAACCGGGGCAUUAAUGAUGGAGGCGACCUGCCCGAGGAGCUGCUCCGGAAUCUCUAUGAGAGCAUAAAAAACGAGCCCUUUAAGAUCCCCGAGGAUGAUGGGAACGACCUCACACACACCUUCUUCAAUCCCGACCGCGAAGGCUGGCUCCUGAAACUCGGAGGUGGCAGGGUCAAGACCUGGAAACGGCGCUGGUUCAUUCUGACGGACAACUGCCUUUACUACUUUGAGUAUACAACGGAUAAGGAGCCCCGGGGGAUCAUCCCUCUGGAGAACCUGAGCAUCCGGGAGGUGGAGGACUCCAAAAAGCCAAACUGCUUCGAGCUGUACAUCCCCGACAAUAAGGACCAGGUCAUCAAGGCCUGCAAGACGGAGGCCGACGGGCGCGUGGUGGAGGGGAACCACACUGUGUACCGGAUUUCCGCCCCGACGCCCGAGGAGAAGGAAGAGUGGAUCAAAUGCAUCAGAGCAGCCAUCAGCAGGGACCCCUUCUACGAGAUGCUGGCUGCGCGUAAGAAGAAGGUCUCCUCCACCAAGAGACACUGAGUCUGCGGAGAGGGCCGGGGCUCCCACGGACGGGGUGCUGGGCAGGGGCGCUGGGCAUCGCCCUCGACCCCAGAGACUAGCUUCAGCUUUUGCUGUUUGUUUAAAGUGGGAGAAGGGCAGGCGGCUCCCGCUGGGAAGAGGGACCUGAGCCGGUGCCGCGGGGGCGCCUUCUCUCUGGAAAGAGCAGAGCUCUGGCCCCAGGGCAGCCACGCGGGUGUCCACUCAGCGCUGGUGGCCGAGCCCUGUGACGGGCGCCCUCAGUGUUGCCCUGGGAGGAGGCGUCAGCCCUGCACCGGAAUCCAUGUCUCUGUAGCACCACACGUUGAAGUGGAGAAGCCACGUCCUAUAAAGAUAUAUUUUUGUUUUUUAAGAAGAGGAAGGUAAAGCAGAGCUGUGCCUGCGCAUCCUGCCCAUCUCGCUGGGAGGCUUCUCCCCGGCAGCUGCUAAGGGGGUGGCCCUGGGCCUAGGGGCAGGUGUGGGCCCCCAGUGGGAGGGCAGAGGGAGCAGCAAGGGCACAGGACCUGACACGGAGUCUGCCCGGGAGCGCCGAGUGGGGAGUGCCCGUCGGACACCCGCGCUGCUCAUCUCGGGAUCCACACCUACCGGGCUUUAGAGUAGAAGGCGUUUUCCUUGAGCUAAAUACCUAGUAACCAAAACCGAGCAGGCGGCCGCGAGGCUCUGGCAGCCUCAUGUCCCUCCCUUGGUUAGGCUCCCACUCCCCAAACUCCAGUCCUCGUUUUAGAGGAUGGGGGGUCUGACCACUCUCCUGGGGCUGCAGCUUUCUCUGCCCCACAC